CCUGCAGCCUGUGGAACAUCCAACGGCACCGGUGAGAGCUGCUCCCUCUCACUGCCUCCACCACCAUCCUCUCCGCAUCUGUCCCCACUCAUGGCCACACCAGUCCACAGAAAUGCAAGUCUCUCAGCAGUGUCCUUGCGUGUGUUUGUGUUGGUGGGAUUUGGGGGAGGUGCAGAGAUCCAGGCCUUGCUCUUUGUUGUCUUCCUGGUCCUAUAUGUGGUGACUGUCCUGGGCAACCUCACCAUGAUCAUGAUCAUCACCCUGGAUGCCCGCCUGCACUCCCCCAUGUACUUCUUCCUCAAGAACCUGUCCUUUGUUGACCUCUGCCUCUCUUCUAUUAUUGUGCCCAAUGCUCUGGCCAACUUCUUUUCCUCUUCCAAGGUCAUCAGCUUUGAGGGAUGUGCCACACAGUUCUUCUUUUUCUCCUUGUUGGCCACCACUGAGACUUUUCUUUUAGCCGUGAUGGCCUAUGACCGUUUCAUGGCCAUCUGCAGUCCCCUGAGGUACCCUGUGACCAUGUGCCACAUGGCAUGUGUUCGUCUGGUUCUGGGUACCUUCUGUGUGGGCUGCCUGAACUCCAUCGUGCAGACCAGCCUCACAUUCCAGCUGCCCUUCUGCAGUUCCAACCGCAUCGACUACUUCUACUGUGACGUGCCCCCCCUGCUCCAGCUGGCCUGUGGCAGCACAGCGCUCAACGAGCUCCUUCUCUUUGGCCUCUGUGGGUUCAUCAUUGUGAGCACCACGCUGGCUGUCCUGGUCUCCUAUGGCUACAUCACCGUGACCAUCCUCAGGAUGCACUCAGGAUCCGGGCGGCACAAGGUCUUCUCCACCUGUGGCUCUCACCUGACGGCUGUGUCCUUGUUUUAUGGGACUCUUUUCGUCAUGUAUGCACAGCCAGGAGCUGUGACAUCCAUGGAGCAGGGCAAGGUGGUCUCCGUCUUCUACACCCUGGUCAUCCCCAUGCUCAACCCUCUCAUCUACAGUCUGCGCAACAAGGAUGUGAAGGACGCCCUGUGGCGGCUGGGUCAGAGACACAGCCUCGUGAGGGAGGGUGGACAGUGAAGGGCUGUCCCGAAGCUGGGGGGGAAGUAUUCUGUGGGGAUCGCUGAUCAGUGAAAACCACCCCCUUCCUGUCUUCAAAAUGGAAAUGAACAGGUGUGAAAUCUAUUUGCCCAUUGACAUUCGGUCUUCUUUUAAACUAUUUCACGGACACAACAUUGACCUACUGUGAGCUACAAAAUUGAGCAGUUUACUCUGCAUGCAGAAUCCUAAAGGUUGAAAGGAAUGAGAUCUCCAAUCACAAGGAUCUACUGAGUACUUCAACCAUCCACAAGUCGAAGCAGGGCUGGCUCUUCUACCAACCGCUUCUCAGCUUCUCUGGGCCAUGUGCUGGCUUCCUCCAGAGGAGAAGUUACGCAUUUUUUAUCUUGAUCAAGCUUGUCAGUAAACAAAAUGUUUCUGUCCAAUUA